CCGGUCGAGCUGCUAUACGGCUAUUGCUCAUUAAUAGAAUUUCGAUCUCUUUUGAUCUAUAAUCUGUGAAUACGAAUUGCGAGAUCUCGUUUUGAUGUCACGUGACUUUGGUAUACUUCUACAGUUAUUUUUUCAGGCAUGAUGGCGCCAAACGCUAGUAUCACCAUUUAUGUAAAUAUAUUAUUGAUUUGGUGAAAAUAUUUUUUGAAAUGAAUCGUUAUUCAAGAGACCCAGGGAAAUAAGAUUUAAAAGUAAUACUGAUACGUAGGAUCUUUGGAGAUUCUAAGGGACCUUCAGUUUCAAGAUAAUAAAUAUCCUAUGGACAGCUAUGUAGGUGUGCACAGCUCACCUGCAUGUGCCACGUAUCACUAGCUUAUUUGGUCUAGUAGAAUGGCACAACGAGGCAAAAGAAUAAACAGAAGCGACAAUGAUCCGGCGUCUUGUCCGGGCACGAUUAAAAGACGUAAAUGCCGCCUGGGCCCAGCAGUCCCAAGCUCAUCGGCGGCAGCAGCAGCUUUGGGGCCCUCUGAGGAGGAGGAAACGAUGGCGUCAUCCAGCCAAGGGGGGGCAUCCUGGACCCCCCGCCCCCUCAGCGACAUCAAGUCUACUAUUUACAAUCGUUCCGCAACAGAAGCUCCAGCUGAAUUGUUCCGCAAAGAUCUGAUCAGUGCUAUGAAAUUACCCGACAGUGAACCCCUAAGUCCAAAUGAAUAUUGGGUAAUUACAGAUCAGUGGAAGCAAGAAUGGGAGAGAGGCGUUCAGGUGCCUGUUAAUCCAGACUCUCUUCCUGAACCUGCGGUCACUGUCACUCAAACUUCACCAUCUAACAAACUGCAUGGUGAAUUUAAACUACCUAAAAAGUUUAUAAGAAUAUCUCGGGAUGAUUGGUUCAAUUCAGAAGAUCAUCAUUUGAGUACCACACCUGCACGUGCGGAGAAAGCAUGUGCAUAUGAUCUCGAUGACACCGAUAUUGCAUGGCUUGGAGUGCUCAACGGAGAAAGGGCGCAGGCUGGUCAAUCGUCUAUAACUGAACCGCAACUAGAGCGUGUCAUCGAAGAGCUAGAAGUUUGUUGUUGGGAGCGAAUCCAAACGAUUGUAAAAAAUGAAGAAGGUCUUGGCAUUGAAUUUGACGAAAAUGUCAUCUGCGAUGUUUGUAGAUCUAACGUUUGGUUACAGCCUGAUUCCGAAGAAGGUAACGAGAUGGUGUUCUGCGAUUGCUGCAACAUUUGCGUACACCAGGCCUGUUAUGGGAUCACUUCAAUACCUGAGGGCUCCUGGCUGUGCAGGACAUGUUCUCUGAGCCAACGUCCCGAUUGUGUUUUGUGUCCAAACAAAGGUGGUGCAAUGAAAUGUACGCGAAGUGGACAGAAAUGGGCACACGUUUCUUGCGCUUUGUGGAUCCCUGAAGUCAGCAUUGGUUGUGUUGAAAGAAUGGAGCCAAUCACCAAAAUAUCUAGUAUUCCGCAAAGCAGGUGGGCACUCAUAUGCGUGUUGUGUCGCGAACGCGUUGGUGCUUGCAUUCAGUGCAGCAUAAAAACUUGUAAAACAGCGUAUCACGUUACUUGUGCUUUCAAACAUGGACUUGAAAUGAAGGCCAUAAUCGAAGACGAAAUGGCAGAUGAUGGUGUUAAAUUAAGAUCAUACUGUCAGAAGCAUAGUAGAACCAACACUAAAGACAAAGUUGGCGUCGGAGGAGCUGUCGGUGGCAGUAGUGGGAAAGGUGCUUCCGAUUCUGAAGACGGUGAGGCGAGGAAACGAAAGCGCAAGGAUAUGACGUCGGAAGAAAAGAAUCAAGCACGCGCAGCUAAGCUGCAAGAAAUUGAAGCAGAGUUCGAUAAGCAUGUCAGUCUCAAAGACAUUACUUCUCAACAACUUGACGUCGACCCAGAUGGGAUUGUUUAUAUUUAUAAUUACUGGAAGUUGAAGAGAAGAGCCGGACAUAACAAACCGUUACUGGCACCACGAUGCGGUGAACUAUCAGGUGCUGGUGCUCGAGCUCAAGGACAAGCUGCGGAUUUGGAGAAAAUGCGUACGUUUGUACAGCUACGUCAAGACCUUGAACGCGUAAGGAAUCUUUGUUACAUGGUGGGAAGACGUGAGAAAUUAUGUCGUACAUUCUUGAAACUGCGCGAGCAAACUUUCCAUAAGCAAGCUCUGAUUAUGUCUGGGUCAUCAUUACCCCCGACUGCAGCAGCUGCGGUACUAGAAGCUAAUCAUGGGCCUUCGAUAUACGAUCGCUUGUACUCUGAUCCGUACUCCAAUGAUCAUACACAUGAUUUUGAUGUUAUUGUUGCAAGAAUUGCGGGGAUUAAAUCCCCCACGCCAGUGUCUAGUGACGAGAAGAAAAUUCAAACUGAUUUCAACGGAGCGUCGAAAGAAAAUUCUAAAAUAGAUAAUCCGUAUAAGAGGCUAUACCUGAAUGGCUCGGUGAGAAGAAAAAGUUUAUACGACAGUGAUUUGUCAUCCAUUAGCAAUAGUGAAACGGAUACUGCUAAACCAACAGUUAAAUCACCAAAUAAAAAUUUGAACAAAACACCGAAGCUUGAACUGAACACUGAUACAAGUACAGAAGAAGAGUCUGCUCCUUCUAAACCGCAAACCAAUAGGAGAAAGAAUAAGAAAACUAAUGUUCCUGGUCGUUCUCGGACCAUACUACAUGACAGUAGUGAAAGCGACAAAACGGAUACACACGUAGGCAAGUUACGUACCUUGCAACAAAUGGAGAGGGAGCUUGAAGGAGGCGGUUCUGCUAGUGACAGUGAUGACCUGCUACCUCUUGGUAGUACAUCUGCCUCACGUCUUGGUCCGUCUGAUGCCGCUGCCAUAUACUCAGAUACUGAUUCCGAUUCACAAGAGCAUGCACACGGAGCUGUUCUCCGAACAAAGGCUGCGGUAAAGGAAUUUUCAGCAGCCGAUAUAUCGAAAAAUUCACAAAAGAAUUUCGCUGCUAAAGAUACAUCACGUCAUGAUCAUUCAGCCGACGAAAUUGCCAAGAGCAAGGAUAAUAACGCAAAGAUUUCAAAGAAGAAGGAAUAUGUCCCAACUGCUUUGAUAGUACCGCAAAGACAAGCAGCUAAAAAGGCAUCGGAAAUUAUGCAAAGAUCUCAAAGCAAAAAGGAUCCUUCGAUAGAGCCAGAUAUGACAAAAUCUCCUACGGAAGAAGCAAAGGUUUCUAAACCCAUGAAACAGAAAUCAGGUAAACCGAGGGAUGGUAAAGUUAAUAAGGAUUCUAAAAAUAACGAUAUUUAUGAUUUUGACAAAGAGUUUGGGGAUGGUUCGGAAAUUCUUGCGUAUGUACCGCAAAGACAAGCGGCCAAAAAAGCAGCAGAACAUAUUAAAAGUGGUAUGGGUACAAAGGCUGGUCAACCAGAGGUGGCGGAAAUGCCUGAAGUGAAAACGAAGAAAGAUUCUCCAGAACAGCCUAGGAAGAAGGAAUCAAAGAAAGAAGAAAUAUCAAAGAAAGAAGAAAUAUCAAAGAAAGAAGAAAUAUCAAAGAAAGAAGAAAUAUCAAAGAAAGAAGAGACACCGAGGAAAGAAGAGGUACCGAAGAAAGAAGAGGCGCCAAAGAAAGCGAGAAAAUUGCAGCAGGAAAGUUUGCCGCCCUCGACAGUAUCCAGUAACAGUGAUAGUAGUAGCAGUAGUAGUUGCAGUAGUUCUUCCGACAGUAGUAGCGACUCUGACGAGUGCAAAAGUGCUGCACAUAAUGUUCCUACUACACCUGUUAUUGAGCUAGUUAACUCACCAUCUACCUCCUCCGAUACAGAUAACAGUAGUCAAGUUAAGGCAAAGACGCUCAAUAAACGACUUUACAACAAAACUGCUGAUAACGCAACGGACUCGGAUACUACGCAGAAAAAGUCGGCUGGCCGAAAAGUCAAAAAGCUGCCCGAUAAGAAGCUUAAAACUUCCGACGGGCGGCAUGGACCCGAAUUUCAGCCGCCGCCUUCUGAGAGAGAAGAAUCAAGUCGAUUCUCAGCGUCCAAAGAACAUCAACCUCAACAACCACCAGCACAACAACAACAACAACAACAAAAGCAACAACACCACCAACAACAACAACAUCCACAGCAUAGCAGAAAGUCAGAUCAAAGAGAAUCAACCAAAAAAGUUAUCACCCCGCAACAUCAGCAUUCAAACCAGAGCAGUCCACUCAGUGGGAGUCGAGAUAAUGAUGGGGCACGAAAUCUACCUGGGCCCAAGUCUGCAAAGAAAACAAAUCAGAUUUCCAAACAACCACAUCAGCAGCAGUCAACUUCUACAAGAAAAGACGAAGCAAGUGCCAUUACAAAAACAAAAGUUGAUGCUCGUAAACGAAAAUCAAGCGAAAUACCUCAAAAAGAGGAAAAGAACAGCAAAAGUCUGGCUUCGCUCAAGAAAAUAGAGAAGAAGGUAACUGACACUCGACAGAUAGAUACUGAAAAGUGUGAUAGCAAAAAUGACGCUAAUAUUAGUGAACCAGAUGUAUCUAAAAAUCUACUGGAAGAGACCGCCCUAAAGACUGAUGAUAAAAAAUACAAAAAGACUGUUGCAAAGAGCUCAGUCAAUACAUUAGAGGAAGAAAUAAAACAAAGGAAAGCUGAACGAGAUAGUCCCAAGAAAUCAUCCAGAGGUUUAGACAAACUUCUGGAAAAAAGAGAACACCUGGAUAAGUUGUCUAAAGCCAAGAACUCCGAUGUUAAGGUAGAGAAAGAAAUUCGUAAGGAUUCUGGAAGUAUACAGAAGGACGAAUACCAUCCAAAGGUUGUUACAACGGAACCAGUUAAGAAUGAGCAUCACAAACAUCAUCCAGGUAGCAAUAAUGAUGUAGGAAAUACAUUGCCAGAUGAUGACCGGAGGCCGAGUGAUUUCAGUGAAAUAAUGUCUGAUCAGUAUCCAGAGUGUAAAAAGAAAAGUGAAGACAAAAUUGAUACGCGUACAGAAAUAUCAAUCCAAGAUACUGAAAUGUCGACAGGAAACUUUGAUACUAAAGAAACAAGAGACAAUACUGUGUCAAAAUGUACAUCGGAGAAGCUUGAAGCAAGUGAAAAAGACUGUCAUAAACGGCGAAAAUCUACGAAUCGUUCGAUAUUUUCACCCCAGCAUGCAGGAAAAGAUCCGAGUGUAUCCGAAUUUUUCGACUUUGAACAUGAUAUAUUAACCGUCGAUGAUAUGGUAAAUGAUGAUGGUUUUGGUAUACCACGUGAUCCAGAAGAACGCGCUCCGCCACUCACGUUUUCCUUUAACAACGAUCUUUGGUUCAAGGAAGACUCUAAGGAAGAUAGUGCAAGAGAAACUUUACAUCUAGUUGAGAAAUUGAGAAUGGAGCUAUCGAAAAAAUCAAACACUGGGCAACCUGAGCUGGAAUCUGUAGUGAUAGAAGAGGAGGUUAAGAAAGAAGAGAUUCUACUUGAAAAGCCUACAGAACAAAUUUCACCGAACAAGGAACUUAAGUUAAAAGAGCCCGAACCCGAACCUAUGUCUGAUGUCAAACAUAAUGAUAGUAUUAACCAAAUAUCUGAUGACUUGGAUUGCAAAAGUCAAAGUAUAGAGGAAAAAGAUAAAUCAUGUUAUACACAUAAUAAUGAGCCCUAUGCACCGUACAAUAACGAAGGACUUGAAACUGGGAAGGUCACUGUUGCAGAAAGAGAAAAGUUGGAUAGGGCUGAAGCUGAUGAGCGAUGGGUACCGCCGAGUAUGGAAAAUUUCAAUCCUAACGACAUGCAUCUCAAUACGCUUAUCGAAAGUCAGAAUCAUCGCUACAGUGGACAUCAAUAUCCGAAUGAUGCUGUUAUGUCAGAAAGCAAUAAUGAGGUACUUGUGCAUCCACAAAUUAAUAUGAAUAUUCAAGAACAGUAUCAGCUAUUUCAGCAAACACAUCAGCUUAUGCACCCGGCGCAACAUGUCGAUCCACAUCCUGAAGCCAGAGUGCCGCCGAUUCAAAUGAUUGAUCAACAAGUUGAACAAUUACCAAGUCAAAUUGUUGAUGAAAUAACACCAAUGGAAAUGGUGAACAGACAUCUGAUCGAACCACCAAACUCGGAGGAAGAUCAGGGUAACGAUAUUGAAGCUCAAGUCUUAGAAAAAGAUGAAAUGUCGUCGGACAUGAGGCAGGAUUAUAAUCAAGGCGGAUCACCUUACAACGAUAUUAGCAAUUCACGUCAGGAUACUAGGUGGGCAGAGAGUCAAGUAUUACCUUCACGUCGCUCUACUUCAUCGUCAAUUACAUCUGCUUCCUCGAACGAAGAUCCCUCUACUAUUCCAUCGUACAAAAAUAUGGCUCCAAUUCCUUUCCCGCCACGUUCUAUGGAGACGGGAGCCUAUCAUUCCUAUUCGGAGCCAAGUACGUAUGCUGGUCCAGUUUCAUUAUUUCCACCUCAGUCCUGUGCAGCAUCAUUACCGUAUCCGUCGCCAGGCACGGGCAUGUUUCCUCCUCCUUUUGGAGCACCUUUUCCCACCUCUGGAUCUCUCUUACCACAUGUAUCAAAGCCUCUGGAAGAUUCUCUCAAUAUGCAAGCAUCACCACUUACAGCAGCAUUUACCUCUUCAUCUCAUAAUAUGGCUCUGACCGCAGCCAUGGUAUCACCUACAAAGAUUCCAACUCCUCCGCCGCAACCACCUAUAAUCUCGGAACAAGAACAAAGCCAGGAAGUACAUCAACAGCAACAACUGCAACAGCAACAUCUUCAAGAAUUACAACAACAGCCGAGUCCUCCUGUGGUGCCAAUGCCUUUCUUGAACAAUAUGUCUGAAACCCCAGUGUCUGAGUCAGUCGUUGAUACCCUUCAAGAGAUGUUAAUUGAAAAUAAAUCUACGCAACCCGGAAAGAAAUCCCCUGCAAAACCAACAAGAUCUUCGGCCAGAGUAACGUCAUUACAGGGAAAAUCUCCUGGGAAAUCACCACGUCAAGAAGCUUCAAAGACUGUUCCAGCUUCUAAAGCACGUAGCCGAACUUCAAAAUCUUCGCAACAAGCUGGUUACAGGCAUCGUGGACGAGGCCGAGGUCGAGGACGAGGACGGGGUAGUCAUGGAACAACUGCAACGUUGAAUGCCAAUAUUGUGAACGCAAUGCACAAUAACGAAGACACCAUACGCAGCAAGUUAGUGGGAACUGUAUACGAUUUUGAUUCCGAUGAAGAUUCUACAAAUGAAACAAACAUCGCAGACCUUCGGACUAUGCGUGAGAGGAAGAAAUCCACGGACGUAAACGACAAACGGGAAAGCUUGGGUAUACUGAAUGAGGGAUUACAAACCUCUCAUUUGUCUAGUCCUACUUUACAUAAAAAAUAUAAUGAUGACCGGAGGGUGUCAUCGCCAACAACUCAUGACAGUGCUGGUAUAGGAGAUUCUGAAGCUACAACAGGACAGCCAUUUACUGACACCGUAUUGCCGUUGCUACCAGGACCAGUUGACAUGAGAACUUAUAAUUCAACAAUUGAUGCACAAACGUCGUCGAUACACACACAAGCAUACGCCAAUCAUUUACUAGGUCCCUUUACAAGUGGAUCUGCGGACCAAUCCUUACCGGAUAUUGAAGAAGACCUAGAGAAAGAAUUACAUUCCGCUCUUAUAGCAAUCAAGCAAUCUGAUCCGUGCAGAGAUGCCCAUAUAUCCAAUCCAACUGCAGACACACCUUCGUCAAACAUUAGUGAGUCCAACAAAGUACUGCUUACGGAUUCUCGUAAUCAGUUGAAAGUAAAAAUUAAGGGCCCAUUCUUGGACGCUAAUUAUGUACCCGCGACUUCUGCACCUCCACUUGCGCAACAAGCACCCGUUAUUAUAACUCCUGCAGCAACGAAUGCCUCAGUUGCUUCGGGAACGUCUAAUCUGCGUCGAAUGAGAAAGAAAGAACUGUUACGGCAGUACUGCACUCAAGAUAUGAACAUGGAAGAUUCUACUUGUGGCAAUAUAACUUCGGCACCAAUUACAAUACCACCUAUUAGUCGAAAUGUAAUUACUAUUCCUAAGGCGGUUGCAUCUAUGACUAGCUUCCCAACUAGGGAGGAUUACAAAGCAGUCGUCGAUGCAAAUAUGGAGAAAAAGAGAAGAAAGGAAAGAGGGGGAAGUUUCCUUGAUGUACCGGACGAAGAAGGUGCGUCGGACAGGCGACGUGGUGUAGGUGCCAGUAAUAUAGAUAGAAGAAGAGGAAGACAAACAAGACCUUCAGCAACCACAGUAACAAAUAGUGGUCUUGCUCCUAAGCUUAAAAUAAAAAUUGGCAAUAGCAUAAUUGGACAGGAAUUGGGCAACGUGCAACAAGAUGAUCGUAGUAGAAUAAGACCGCCAAAGAAAAGAUUAAGCAGUAUUUCCAGCUUGCCGACAAUGGAAGAAUUGAAAAGAGAAUCAAUGAAGUUCCGUCGAAUGAUUAUGGCGGGAUUCGAUAACGACGAAAAGCCUAAAGUAAAAAGUAAAAAAGAUAGGAAUGGUAAGAGGAAAAAGAAACAGUCCAAUAAAAAAGAGGGACACGUAGAAAUUGUAGGCGAUGGCCCUGCCCCUCCAAAAUUGAUCAUUAGAUUAGGGAAAGGCCCCAACUCAGCAACUAAUGUUCAUGAUACCACGUCAAAUGAGAUACCCAGCGUCCAUCCAUUUGGCAUAGUUGAUGGAGACAAGGCAAGCAAAGUCAAUCCCCCUGAUAACCAAGACAGUCGAGUUGGUCCUCCGCCACCUGAACCGUCGAAGGAAGAAGCAGGCUACCCCCUGGAUAGUAGAGUUGAUGAAAAAUUGCCAACUGACCCAAAUGCCAGUAUAACUUCAUUAAGGAAUGUCCGUUCUGCAAAAGUCACACCCAUAAGGUUAAAAUUAACUAGAUGCCAAGAAGGAUAUGAACUGAAAGCACCGGUGGUUAGUAGUGCGUGCGACGACAGUGGUAAAGUGACCUCAAAUUUAAUAUCGAGAGGGGAAGAUGUGGCUGUUGUUGAUAAGGAGAGCGAGGAAUCCUCAACAAAGCAAUCUUCCAAGGAGGACGAUAUUCCUAUGCUGCCUCAACAUACUGCUCACAACUCUCCAGGCUGUCCGCCUGCACCACUCCCACAGGGAUGCCAAGUUAGGUGAUAAUAAUUGUAUAAUACAGUAAUUAAUGGUUCUUAUUAUUAUUAUUAUUAUUAUUAUUAUUAUUAUUAUUAUUAUUAUUAUUAUUAUUAAAAAAUUUAACGAAAAAAACCACAAAAAAUGAUGUAUAUUAUAUUAAUGUUGAGACAGAGACUCACUAGGAAAAGUUUUGUGUAAUAUAUAUUACUAAUGGCAUGUAAAUGAUGAUCUGAUGAAGGGUGAAGUGAAAUGUCACAAAGUGCCCAAAACGAAAAAAUACACCACAAUUAGCAUGUGCAUUGCAAGAGUAAAGUGCAGGUUGUUAAUUAAGGUAUCAUUCAUUUGUCGAACUGUACAAUGUAACGUCAUUUCAAACUCAUAUUCUUAUAAAGGCAAUUGAAAAUGAUUUUAUUCAAAUAACGUUUGAUACCGUUCUGGGCACCCUAAAUUUUAAUGAAAAAAUGAAAAUAAAUAAAUACCCUGUACAAAUAUUCAUAAAUCACCGUUUAAAAUCGUGAUUUUAAAUACAUUACAUAUAAUUACUUUUAAUAAAAUACUAUACAUAUAAAUAUAUUUCCGAAGACUAUUAUUAACGUUUAAUAAAAUAUAUAUAUACAAUAUAUACAUAUAUAUAUGUUGUAUAUGAAUAUAUAUUUAUAUAUAUAUUAUACAUAUUAAUCGAGGAAUAAUAAUAGUAAUGAGAGAAAUCACUUUUUAUUUCUAAAAGAAUUUAGACUAUCAGUUUAUUUAAAGAAGAAAAUGCAUUCACAUCAAUUUAUAUAGAUAAUCAUUUUAAUUGCUAUAUAACAUGCAGAGUAUCAUGACGUGUGUCUUUUAAAUAACUACUACAAUCAAUGUACCAUGUGGUACAAUUUGCUUAAAGUUUAAACGAGUAAUAAUCAGCCCAACUGAGUCAUUAAAUUAAGUGUCCACGAUUUUUUUUUAUCACUAUUUUAUGUAUAGUUGCAGCUAUUAUGUAAUCUAUUCGAAAGGCGUAUAUUUUAUUUUAGUUAACCCAGUUGUUGAAUAUUUUUUUAAACUUGUUUUGUGAACUUUCGUAACUCUGCAGUGUAUAGCAUAUAUAUUUAUUUAUGAACACAAGUAUGCAGAUCAUAUUAUUUAUUUGAGAUGAUAAGCUUAACUGAAAAGGAUUUAUGCAUUUUGUCCCAAUCAAUUUCAACAUUAAACUAUGCUACUGUAUGUGUAAUUGGAUUCGCGACAGCUUGAGUGCACAGAGAUCUUAAAUCAUCUGAAGCAUAACAUUUAAUUUUUGCAACCAGUAUUUGGUGUUGGGUCAGUAUCAAUUUCUAAUGACUCGAAAUUCUUUUAUUU